CGGUUGCUAAGGCCGCUGCGUUGCUAAGCAGCAUCCCGGUUACAGGCGAAGUGGGGGUCACGGAGCGGCCGCGCUCUCUCGCCUGCUGCUCCUGAUUCGUCAGACGAGUCGAAGAGGGCGGCCAUUUCCGGUGGGGCUGAGGCGGAAGCGGCAGUUCUGAGGUAGCCGCCGUAGGGAUGGGGUCCAAGGAGUUGGGGUGCGUAGUGGAGCUGCCCCCGACCCCGUGGGAGAGAAAUGCUGAUUCCGGUGCUGCAAAGAGAAGUAAAGGCAAUCUGCCCGUGGUGAUACUGCUUGGGUGGGCUGGCUGCAAGGAUAGGUACCUGCAGAAAUACAGCACCAUCUACCUUCAGGAAGGAUGUGUAGUGAUCCGCUAUACGGCUCCUUGGAGAUUGAUUUUCUUUUCAGAAUCCUUUGGUAUAAAUUCCCUGCAGAACUUGGCAAAGAAGCUGCUGGAGCUCCUCUUUGACUACAAAGUAGAGACGAAGCCCCUGCUCUUUCAUGUCUUCAGCAAUGGAGGUGUCAUGCUGUACCGCUACAUUGUGGAACUUCUUCACACUCACAAGCAGUUCCAGCAUCUAAGGGUGGUGGGUACUGUGUUUGACAGUGCUCCUGGCAGGAAGAACCUGAGGGGUGCGCUUGGUGCCCUCUCAGUUGUCCUAUCGUCAUACAAUGUAUGUGUUAAGUAUGCCCUUUUACUGACAUUUGCAGUUCUGGUGGUGACAUGGCGGAUGGUACUGUAUCCUGUGACCCGCUUUGUACAUGAGAGCCACUAUGAUGCCAUGUUGAAGCAACUCUCUAGAUGGCCUGAGCUAUACCUCUACUCCAAGGUGGAUUCUGUUAUUCAAGCAAGUGAUGUGGAGAAUAUGAUAGAGGCUCGGAAGCAGCAUCAGGUUCUUGUUAAGGCUGUGGACUUUGUGGACACUGAUCAUGUCAACCACCUGCGAGCAUAUCCCACCUUAUACACAACUCAUUGUACCUCCUUUAUGUACAAUUGCAUUGGGAGCACUUAGGCUCACUCAGUGGCUGAUGCGAAGGUAUUAGUUUCUGCCUGUUCUCCCACUAAUAUUCUUAUACUCUAAACUGUUCAUCAUUGCUUUUGAUAAAAUUCUGUUACUGCCUCUCACUGAUGCAAGCCAAAGCAUUUCUCAGAACCUGAAUGUCUGAAAUUGUCAUAUAACUGAGUAGCAGAGAGUGGGACUAUAGGAUAAAUGUGAGCGAACCCACACUGAUGCAUUUUGCAAUAUAUUCAUUCUUCUUGAUUUUGGCUCAUGGGCUUUGGAAAGUACUCUGUAAUACACACGUUUGGUAUACAGUGGACCCUCCGGAUACGAACUUAAUUCGUUCCAAGGGUCCUUAUGUACCCCGAAAAGUCUGCAACAUGAGGCGCCGCUUCUGCACACAUGCGUGGUGCGAUAGAGCGCUUCUGCAUGCGGUGCGCAGAGCACUUCUGUGCAUACACGAAGCGCACAGAGUAUUUUUUUGUGCAUGUGCAGCGAAGUCCCGGAAGUGUACACUUCCGAGUUUGCCACAUUCGGAACCCAAAAGUUACGUUACCCGAAGGUAACGUAACCCAAGGAAGGGUCCACUGUAUUUUAUCCUGCUUCUCCUGAUCAUGGGUAUUUUAGCAAGGACCUAAACAGGGUGCUGAAGCCCGUCCCUAACUAUUUGAAAUCUUAUACAGUAUAGCUUCCUGUUUGGUUUCUGAGAUUUUAGUAAGCACUGGCUCUCAAAUGUACCUGUGGCUGAUAAUAAAUUCUGUGUUUUGAUGUAUGUGGAAUUUAAAUGUAAAA